GUGAUAGACUCAACUUGUUGUUUCCUGUUGCCGUAGAAUCCCGAUCAUCUUUUGUCAACCGUAAUGGGUUUUUCCUGUGAAAUCAGCUUCCCCUAUAAUUGGGCCGAGGAAUUUUAUUGUGGCGAACGGUUGAACCUGUCCGUUGAGCUCGCGUGCCACAAAGCAAUGUGGAUUAAAGAGCUGGCGCUGGGUGUUUCGUGCUCCAACCUGCAGCAUACCGAGACUCGUGAAUUUGGUCACUACAUCGAUGAUCCGGAUAGUAACGGCACGAGUGAUAGCUCACAAAAUAAGAGUGGUUCGGACAAGUUUGAAACGGAAAUCGGCCUGCUUGGAGACAACGAAACAGCUAUCAAACUAACACCAGGGACCUACAUUUUCAAUGUGGAAUGUCAUUUACCGGAAAGCAUUGCAGAAUACAAUCACGAUGAAGGUAGUGAAAUUAGUUACUCUAUAUCGGUGAAGGUUAGAAAAAUUCUAAAAAAGGACCGUAAGCAUCGGAAUGCUGUCUCCGUGCAUGACCUGCUGUUGCGGAACCACCGCAGACGAGUGAAUUUUGUGUGGCCUGGACGAUUUUCUCACAUUUCGAACUUUUCCUUUUCCUCGGCCACCAUCAACUGCUAUUUUGUGACCAGCAUUGAACGAACGAGUAGCAAUCGGUCACAAUCAUCGGACGACGAAGGGGACAGUUUGGAAAAUUGGUUGUAUCCGAUUAUGGAGAAACCGGAUCAACCGGAAGAGGAUGAAGGGUGAUUGGGGAAUGUUAGAAUGGAUCUGCGUGGAAACUAAAAGACUGAUACGGGUAGCUUAAGUGUACUGGAACUGACAUGUGAUAACGAAUGUUGGGCUUAUCGAUUUAAGAUAGUUAAAUAUUUUUCGAAUAUUUUUGUUUAAACAAAGGAACUAGACGUUAAGUAAUGCAAUGUUACAUUUAACAGUUUAACAA